AUUUGGAGUUUUUGAAACACCAAUGCUCCUACGAUGAUGAUCGCAGAAAAGGGAGCUGAUUUGAUCAAGGACUAUUGGCUCAACAGAAGCUGAUUUGAAGCUUUAUUUUAAGAAAUCUAUAUACCAAUCAAUUGUAAACUGAAUGAAUAUGUUUUAGAAUAAUUUUGAUCGAUGAAAUAAAUUUUUUUAAAAGUAAAUAUUUGGUUUAUGUAAAUAUAAUUUUAAUUUUGAUAACGAUGAUGAAUCAAUCAUUCUUACGUAAGAAUUGACCCAUUUAUUAACCUCAGUAUUUUGUCAUCAGGUUCAUUGACGACAGGUAUUCCGUCGAGACAAAAAGUUAAUUGUCAUUUCAAGUAUAAAGAGAUUGCCUUGAAAUUUUUAUUGUUUAUAAACUUUUAUCAUUGACCUUAAUUAAUAUCAGUGAAAGGUUUGAAGAAUUUCUGAACAAAUUACACUUAUCAUGGAAAGUUGCCAAUCUAACUGCACAUCUCCAAUCAGUGGUCCAACCCCAGUAAUAUUUUCUCAACUACUUCAGACACUUUUGGUCGCGAAAUGCAGUGUCGGAAGAAUAGACUCUUAUCCUCCGGACCGAUCCUCAGAAAUUAACGAAAAUUCCGAGUUUGACUUUAUAAUAAUUGGAGCGGGGUCAGCUGGAUCAGCUCUAGCUGCCCGAUUGUCUGAAGAACCUGACUGGAAAGUGUUACUCAUAGAAGCCGGAACUUAUCCUUCAGCAAAAAGUGACGUUCCGGCUUACUACUUGGAUCUGCAAAGGUCCAGAGAAGACUAUUCCUACUCAACAGAAUCAAACAAUGUUAGUUGCCUAGGUAUGGUCAACAAAAGGUGCCUUUGGCCUCGAGGUUUCGCUCUAGGCGGAAGUUCUAUCAUCAAUUCGAUGAUACAGAUCAAUGGGAACAAGGGUGACUACGAUUCGUGGGCAGCUGAAGGGAAUGAUGGUUGGAGCUACGAAGAUGUCCUUCCGUACUUCAGAAAGUCGACAAACUACCCUCGGGAAAUAAUUGAAGCCUACGGAACUAGGUACUUUGGAAAAGAUGGACCAGUGAGGAUUAGAUCUUAUAAUUACUCAGAGACAGCUCUACCAGAGAUAUUGUUGCAAGCAGCCAAGGAAAGAGACAUCCCGAUUUUGGACAUGUUCAACACCGAACGGUUUAUAGGAUUUGGUAGAGUUUAUGGAACCAUUGAUAGCGGACGAAGAGUCAGUGGACCGAAGGCUUAUCUUUCUCCGGUGAAAGACAGGAAGAACCUCUUUGUGAUGACUUCUACAAGAGCUGAUCAGAUUUUGAUCAAUGACUACCGAGCAACUGGAGUCCGUGUUACGCUUAAAGACAACAGAACACUCGAAUUGAAGGCUUCGAAGGAAGUUAUUGUUUCUGCUGGGACUGUUGCGUCUCCUCAAUUGUUGAUGUUAUCCGGAAUCGGACCCAAAAGUGAGCUCCAAGAAUUGGGAAUUGAGUGCUUAGCGGAUCUGCCGGUUGGAAAGAAUCUCCAAGAUCAUUUUAUGUGGGGGCUCUAUUUAGAAUUCGAUAACAAGACUGGGGUUAAUAAGACUUUCGCCGAUUCGCUGGAUGACGCUUAUGAGUACUUAGCUCACAAUGACGGAAUACUUGCUACCAUUGGGAGAUCGGAUGUCCAGGCGUUUGUUAAUCUGGAGAAUCCUGAAGCAAUUUAUCCGGAUAUACAGUUAAUUACCAGUGUAUUCCCAAAAGGAUCUACUGAGAAGUUCAACACUUUGCUGAAAAGUUACGAUUUAACUGAUGAGCUUAGAAGUUAUUUUGUUGACAUAGUGAAAUCUAAGGAUGUUAUUUUGAUGAGUCCGAUUGUGUUAAACCCGAAAAGUGUUGGAGAAAUAAAGCUCCGCAGUAAGUCACCAGAAGACAGGGUUAGAAUUUUUCCAAAUUAUCUAGGGGAUGAUCGAGACAAAGAUACGUUGCUUAGAAAUGUUGAAUUUGUCAAAAACUUGACCGAUACUGAAGCUUUCAAGAGUCUUGGAGUGAAGUUGGUCAACAGUACGAUUCCUGGGUGCAAGGAGUUUGAAUUUGACACUGCUGAGUACUGGGAAUGCCAUCUUAGGCAUGUUGCUCAUCCGUUUUAUCAUCCGGUAGGGACAGUGAGAAUGGGAACACCCGAGAAUCCGAAAUCUGUUGUUGAUUCCAAAUUGAGGGUUCUGGGGGUUGAUAAUUUGAGGGUUAUUGAUGCUUCAAUUAUGCCGUACGCUCCGAGUGGGAAUAUCAAUGCUGCGGUUUAUAUGAUUGCGGAAAAAGGUGCGGAUUUGAUUAAAGCUAAUUGGAUUGGGCAAAUAGUUGUAGGAUGAUAAAGAUUGUAAAUAUGUGAUAAAUUAAUAAAAAAUUUUAGUGAU